AUGCUUGGUGAUGCUAUUAUCGUAGAUGACAAGAGAAGCCUUACUUAUACAGGUUUGAGUAUUACAGGAAUCCAACAAGAUACAUUUCUUUCAUUUACAAUUAAGCAAGAAUUUGUAAACAACACAGGUUGUCAAGCAGACAUUAUAUAUUUCAUGCCAAGAGAACUACGUUUCGGCACGUAUGAUCCAACAUUCAUUGUUGACGAAAAAGUUAUCAAACCAAUUCUUCGAUCAAAAGAGGAAGCCAUGGAAGAGUUUGAGGAAGCAAAAAGGGAUGGAUAUAUGGUAAUGAUUGGUCAAUAUGCCGGAAAUGGUCUUGAUUCAUUCGGUUUGGGAAAUAUCGAAGCGGACAAAAAAGUUGAAAUUCAGUUGAAAAUUUCAUUCUUGGCAGAUAUUAAUGAAAAAGGAUAUAUAUACAAAUUCCCUCUUACUUACAAAAACCAAGAAGGUCGUGUUACAUAUGCUAUUCCAAAUAAUUUCGAAUUUUCGACAACAAUUAAGACGAUGAAAGAAUUGAAAAAUGUUCAUGUCACUGCUAAUGGAACUAUGAAUAUUGUUGAUGGUCACAAUGCCACUUUCGUUACAAAAAUACCUCCUAAAGAAGAUGCGAUUAUUAUUGAAACUUUAAUCAAAGAUGAAGACAAAAACAUAGCUGUUUCGAGUGAUGGUUAUAUUUCUAUUUCUACAUAUCCACAAUUCGAAGGAAAAGUAGAACAAAAAUCAGAAUUUUAUUUCAUAAUCGACUGUUCAGGUUCAAUGUCAGGCUCACGUAUUGGAAACGCAAAAUUCUGUUUGAAUAUACUGAUUCAUUCCCUACCAAUCGGGUGCCGAUUUUCAAUUAUUCAAUUCGGCGAUUCAUAUAAAGAAACUGUUUCAAUAUGUGAUUAUUCAAAUAGAAAUGUCAGAAAUGCAAUGAGCGCAAUAGCUGGUAUCAAUGCAGACAUGGGUGGCACUGAUAUUCUGUCACCAUUGGAAUAUGUUUUUAAGAAAAAAUUGGAAAAAGGAUUUAUUAGAAAGAUAUUUCUAUUAACAGAUGGUGAAGUUAAUAACUCAGACGAAAUUUGUUCAAAGGCACAAUUAGAAAGAGAAAACAACCGUAUUUUUGCAAUUGGUCUUGGGUCUGGAGCAGAUCCUGGUUUAAUUAAGAACGUUUCCAUAAAAAAUGGAGGAAAUUAUGUUUUAAUUGCUGAUGAGUACAACAUGAAUAACAUGAUUGUCGAGCUUAUGAAAUCUGCAAUUUCUCCAUCAUUGACUAAUAUUUCUAUACAAGGUGAAAGCGAUCAGACAGAAAUGUGGCCUACACCAUGUCCACCAUUGAUUGCAAGAAAUCCACAAAGCUUCUUCAUCAAAUCUUCUUACUUGGAAAAUAUAUUGAUAAGCGGGUACAAUCAAAGUAAAGAAAUUUGUCUUACAAUUCCAGUUUCCAAAUGUAAUGACAACCUAGGAAUGAAACAGUUAUUCAGUAGAUAUAUCAUCGAUGAUAUUGAAACAGAGAUUUUUAGUGAUACUUCUGUUAUGAAAUAUGGUUUGUGUAUUAUUAGAUUCAAUUACCCUGAUCUUAGAAAUAAAUGCAUUGAAUAUUCAUUAGCAUCUGGUGUCCUUUCCCAAUUCACAUCCUACAUCGGAGUCAAUUACCAAUCGGAUCUUGAUAUGAGAAUUAACUAUGAUAGUUAUAUUCAUAGAGGCAUGAUGUUCUCUGUUGCACCUGAUCCUCCAAAUCUCAAUCCUCGCCAAUUUAAAUCAAAAGCUUCAAAGCCAUCUCAAAAAUCAAACCCACCUAUAUGUAAUAUUAAGAAAGAUGAAAAUAAGGAUGAUGGAAUACUAGCUUCCACUUUAUCAGUUCUCAAAAGCUUUUUCCCACGGACUGGGGAAAGUUCGGAAGAAACAUCUCCUGAUGCGUUAAUCUUUGAUCAAAAUGUUGAUGGUUCAUGGGAUUAUUUCGUUAAUGUUAAUACUAAAAUCGAACAUAAAUAUGGAAGAAAUGUAGCUGCCACUGUUGCUGCAGUUUCAUACAUCCGAAGAACGUUCAAAGAUGACUUGACUCAAUAUUCUCUUAUGAUCUCGAAGGCUCUUUCAUUCCUCCAGAAUAUCGAUAAGAAUGUAGAUUGGGAAGAUAUUAUUAACAAAUGA